AUGCCUAAAAAGAAACUGAAGAAAUUAACUGGAAAGGAAGACGGUUUGGAUGGCCAGGAUGACAAAAACUCUGAUGACAGAAGAUCUUAUAACCGUGCUGUGAAAAGAGAGACAGAAUUUCAGAGAUUCAAAAUAAAAGAAGAUGGACAAGAGCAGAAGAAAGACCAAAGCUCUAGUAUUUCUCAUGGCGCUGAUGGAAGAUCCCAAGGAAAAUCUCCAAACAGAAGCAAAACCACAGAUAAUUCUUUAAUCCAAACUGAAAAGCAAAAGAGAAUAGUUAUCCAAUUUAAACCCAAAGAAGUUAAACAUGGAAAAAGUACACGCACUCCUGAUGUAGCGACGACUAGCAGGGAAAGUUAUAGCAAAAGUCGUUCUGAUGGGGCAGAAGGAAAAAGGCUCUGGCACAGCUUUGCAGUUCAGAGAGACAAGGCACUGAAGAAAAAGGCACAGAAUGCUGAACUCUGCAAACCUAAGUUAAAAGCGGAACAAACGAUGUUGGAAAAAUUCAAGUCAUCUGUGUACAGUUUACACGUACCACACAAAAAGGCAGAGGGGUCAAAAAAACGGAGCAAAGAUGUCGGAAUUCCAAAAAAGCCAUCUGAUACCUCAGCAGGGACUGGUCAUGAGGAUAGGCCUUUCACUAAGAAGCCAAGCACAUUACCUAGGCCUUGGGAAGAAGAAUAUGAAGAAGAACAUAAGGAGUUUUCUACCAAAAAACGGCAUGUGAAUAAACAUACACCAUUACACUAUUCAACUGAAACCUCACAACGACGGGGCUCUCGUAAACGGAAAAAACAGGAUGCAGAUUCUGGUAAAGGCCCUGGUAAUUCAGGGACUGAAGAAAGGGACUUUGAAGCCACAGCACUGUGUUUUAAGCAGAAUUUUGAGGUCCCGUGCACGUCUGACUCCCAUCAGGAAGGUACGAACGUAAAGUCUGUCCAAAAGAGCUUUGAAGUCUUUCCAUCUCUUCAAGAUAGUGAGAACCCAGAAACAGACCAAGAGAUGCAGAUAGUUGAAGAUUUGCAUGUCGCUCGUGUUCAGAAGAGGAUGGCACUGUCUGUAAUACAGGCUUGUGGAGAACUUACCAGUAUGGAAAUAGAUCUUCCAGAACAGGAUUUAAAUAAUCCUGCUGAAGCUUUUACUUCUGGUCUGAACAUACUAGUGGUGAUCGACACAAAUAUAAUGAUUAGUCACCUUGAGUUUGUCAGAUCCCUGAAAUCUGAGGAUAUACCAGGUGUUGGCAGACUUGCAUUAGUAAUUCCCUGGGUCGUUCUACAAGAGUUGGACAACUUGAAGAAGGGGAAGAUGUUGCAGCAUGUUCGGGACAAAGCAAUCCCUGCAGUCCAGUUCAUCUACAUGUGUCUCAAAAACCAAGAUUCAAAAUUGUGGGGGCAGUCCAUGCAGCUUGCUUCUCAAAAAAUAUAUGGCCUGAGUGAUGAGAACAACGAUGAUCGCGUCUUACAGUGUUGUCUGCAGUAUCAGAACCUCUUCCCUCAAGCUGUUGUCAUACUCUGCACGGAUGAUAAAAAUUUAUGUAGUAAAGCCAUUGUGAGCGAGGUCAAGGCAUUCUGCAAAGCUGACUUGGUUACUGCUCUUCAGAGGCUGAACGUAAACAGGCACCAGAGCUGUGAUGAGCUGCAGCAGUCAAAAUGUGGUACAGAAUUUGAGAAAACAAGAGGAGGUGAUGCUGCUCUUAGCACACAAUUCCCACAUAUACUUCCAGACCUUGAAAAGAACUUAGGAGAAGCUUUAUCUUGUAUUUUGGAGACUGAAAUGAAAAUUGCAUUUGGAAACCUAUGGAUGGAGAUACUCUAUCUGAAGCCGCCUUGGACAUUAGCGAACUUGCUGAAGUGCUACAAAAAACACUGGGUGGCUGUUUUUGGCUAUGUUGUGCCAAGGAGUUUACUUUCAACCAUUGAAUGUCUCUAUAAACACCUUUGUACAGGUAAAACAGUCGACUCCUCAACAGCAAGUACCUUGCUCCAGGAAUCUAAAAAAUUACUGCAUGCUUUCAGUUCAAGGUCAGACUAUAAUGGUGUACUUCCUCAGGCUUACGCUGAAGUGACCAAGCUGUACCAAACGCUGACAGAGGUGAGGUCAGACAGUGAGCAGGAUUUAUCAGAAGACAUCAUGGUUCUUUCAGAAAAUGCUGUAUGUGACAAAAUGGAAGCAGCGGCACCAAAUCUUCAAAACUGUGAAGAAAAAAAGUUACAUCCAAGCAUUCAUGUAGCUCAAGAAAACAGGCACCAGGAAAUCUGGUCAGUCCUUGAAGGUGUAUGGAAUACAAUAAACUUGUACAGUAUUGAAAUUUUCCAAAAAUUGGACCCCAGCACAGUAACUGCGACUGCAAAGUCUUCAUUUGAAGAAGCUUUCUUAGGUCUGCAGAAACUGUUGGCAGCUGUGAAUGAUAUCCGUGAAGGAAUUAACAGAAUUUUGACCCCAACCAGUAGUUUCCAGGAUAUUUGGACCCUCUAUAACUUUCUCAUAAGCAACGAGGUAAAUAACAGUGCGAAAUUCACUGCUGAGGAGCUGUACGAGUGUGUUUCUCAAGAGGCCUAUCGAGAAAGGCUGGCAGUGGGGUGCUGCCAGCUGGCCCAGCUGGAACACGCUGUUAAGCAGUGCCACGCAGAGUUCAUUCUGCACAGCCGUGUCACUUCCAGUAGCUCUGCUCCUGCUUUGCCCACGUGCUGGGGCUGCGAGCUUGGCUCCUGCCCCGAUGGCUGGAGGCCGAGUUACCGCGAUGCGGCGGAGCACAGCUCAGUGAAGGGCUGUUUCCGCUCGAGCGCUGGACAUCCCGCGCCAACAAGCUCCCGCUGGCACUUCGCAGCGUAA